GCCCCCAUCGAUCUCCGGCCUUGGCAAAUCUCUUCUUCUUCUUCAUUCCCACCUAUAUAUACCCACUUCCCUGUUUCAGUUUUGGCACCUCCACUUCCUGUUUCUCUCUCUCUCUCUCUCUCUCUCUCUCACUCAUUUUCUUUCCAAAUUUGAAGAAAACAAAACAAGCAAAUUUAGGAACCCUGCUGUCUCUAGCUAGCUAAAUAAUCUUUGUUUUCUUGUUUAAUUAGUUUCCCCUGUCGAUCUUGGCUAGCUAAUAGGCCGGCUUUUGUAUAUUAAUAUUUCAUCUAUCGAUCAGCUAGAUCGAAAAAUUAAAGUUUGGUACGGUUGAGUUGAAGUAGAAAUGGCUGCUUCUGGAUUUGAGGGAUUUGAGAAGAGGCUUGAGCUACAAUUCUCCGGCGACGAUCCGGUGGCGGAAAUGGGCGGCCUCCGGCGGCUGGAUUUCGAGGUACUGGAGGAAGUACUGCAUGCGGUGCAGUGCACGGUGGUGGCAGCAGUGGGCAACACAUACUUUGACUCGUACGUUUUGUCUGAAUCCAGCCUCUUUGUGUACCCCACAAAGAUCAUCAUCAAGACAUGUGGGACCACCCAGCUGUUGAAAUCUGUCCGUCCGUUGGUCCACCUUGCGUCCCGAUUAGGCCUCACCGCAACCCAUUGUAGGUACACCCGUGGCAACUUCAUUUUCCCUGAAGCCCAACCUUACCCUCACACCAGUUUCAAGGAAGAGGUUUUGUACUUGGAACAACAAUUGCCCAUCCAUCUUUGUUACACCAAAGCCUCCCUCAUGCACUCUAAGCUCACCUCUCAUUCUUGGCAUGUCUUCACCGCCUCCAAUAAUCCUUGGAAUAAUAAUAAUAGUAAUAAUAAUGUCCCCUACACCGUUGAAGUUUGCAUGACUGAGCUCGACAGCCUCCUCGCUCGCAACUUCUUCACGUCCGGCAAGGCCAUCGUCGGGAGAGACAUGACGGACCUCACCGGAAUCCGGGAGAUAAACCCUAAUGCUACAAUUUGCGAUUUCGCGUUUGAUCCCUGCGGCUACUCCAUGAAUGGCGUCGACGGCGAGCGUUACUCCACCAUCCACGUGACCCCGGAGGACGGGUUCAGCUACGCCAGCUUCGAGUGCGUGGGGGACGACGAUCGCGAUGACAUUGCCAAGGUGUUGAGGAAGGUGGUGGAGAUUUUCCGGCCGGGGACGAUGUCGGUGUCGAUCACGUCCGCCACCCACGACGCGUGGACCGCCGUAGCCAAGGCCGUGGAGGGGAUGGGAAUGAGAUGCCGGAGUUGCACCGUGGAUGACUUCCCGGCCGCCGGGACCGUAAUGUUCCAAACCUUCACCCUUCACCGGAAACAAUAAGCGCUGCGCGGCAAAUUAAAGACGGGAACGAUCGAUGAGGGUGCAGGAGACUUAGGGGUAUUAAUUAUUUAUUUGCUUUAAUUAUUAGAGAUUAUUAGUUGAAAUUUUUUAAUUAGGAGAAUAUUUUGGUGCAUAUAUGGUAAUGUGAUUGCAUCGGGCGGGGCGGGGCAGGUUGGAUGAUGAUGAUGAAUGUGGGCAUUGACUUGUGUAGAAAGGUUAAAGUGGGGGAAGAUCAUUUAGAGAUGGUUGGAGUCUUGGAAGGUGAUUGGUAUUGUUUCAUCAUGAUAAUGCACCCCACUCAUGUUUGUCACGCCUAGAAUUUUGAUUUUUGUAGUGGGUGGCCGUGCCCAUGUCUAAGAUUUAAAAAGUGCCUCAACUUUAUGCCAUCUCAUUUUUUAUUUU